CGACGACGCGACCGCUGAUGGCGCCGCAGAACGAGUACGUGGCGGAGAAAGAGCGUCAGCAGCAGCAGCAGCAGCAGCAGCAAGCAGCACAGUACUACCAGCAGCCGUAUAUGCAGCAGGGUCCGCCGCCUCCGCAGCAGGGAUAUCAGAAUGGGAUGAUGAUGGGACAGCAGCCACAUGUUCUUGUGCAGGCGCAGCCGAUCAUGCAGCAUGGACUGAUGAUGAUGCCUCAGCAAUUACAGCAGCAGCCAUUACCUCCACUUCCCCCACCACAGCAGCAGCCACCACAACAAGAGCAGCAGCAGCAGCAGCUACUACAACAACCACUACAGCAACCCCCACAGCAAGCACUACAGCAACAGCCAGGACCGCAGCAGAUGGCUACGCAUAUGCGAAACGGAUCGACGGGUGGUGACCAGUUGUCGUCGCUGCAAAGCAACGGGACGGUCGACCAAAAAGCACCGCAGCAAGCCCAGGCUUCUUCGGCGCCGGUACAGAAGCAGGAGGAGGACGACGAGGGCGAGCAGCGAAAGCAGUCGUUGUCGCCGGGGUCGGCUGCUAGCGCCGGCAAGGAAGUAAACGGCAAAUCUGCGGCAUCGUCUCCGAGUACGAACGGCAGCAGCGAGAACAGCAGCAGCAGCACGACGACGAAGAAGCAGUGGACUGCAGAAGAAGACGAUCUGAUUACGCGGCGCGAUCUGCGAUUUGAAGAGCUGUCGGUUCUGCUCCCGUCGCGAACCGAGCACGAGAUCUGGGAUCGGAUCUCGUGGUUGCAGAAGAACGGGGUGGCGGGAGCGGCUGCGGUUGCUGCGGAGGCGGGCCGGGCGUGAAAAGAUUUGUUUUUCAAUGUUCAUACCAGUAAAGAAGAGGAAGUGAAAGAGAGGAGAGGAGAGGAGAGAAAAGAGAGGGAGAGAAAAAAGAGGUUUUUUAUCAUCAUUUGUUGUAACUUACUUAUUACUCUUUAGUAGCACUGUCGUCACAUAUCAAACUGUUAUUUACAAAUGUGAUGUAGAAAAGCUAUGUACUUUUUCUAUUUUCUCUCAACUUACAGCGUUUCAAUGAUUUUUUCUAAAUGUUUAUUAUGUUUUGUCUACUAUAUUUCAAAAAAUACUUCCUCUUAUCUUUUCU